CGGACGCUACCCCGUGCUACGCACAGAUCAUGGCUACUACAACGGGUGCGGGCGGCGCGGUGAUGGCAGACGGCGUGCCGUACUUUCAGCAAGUGGAGGUCCUGGGUACUAGUUCCUCUGAUCAUAUGAUGCUCAGCCGGGCGACGCGAACUGCCACCGGGACUCGAACCUCCACGGGGAGUAGCAGUACGAAAAGUCGUGCGUCAAAAGCCUCUUCAUCGGGUGGAAAAACUUCGAUCUUCUCUACCACAGUUGGUGGCGGGAAUAAAACCAGCUCUACUUCAGCAUCUUCGGCGCGAGGAGGCGAGGGGGCCGCGGGUGAGAAUUACGCACGAGGUGGCGCAGCUGCAGCAGCUUCAUCUUCUGCACCAUCAAAUAAGGGCGCUUGUGCUUCUUCAUCUCAACCGCAGAAGGGCAUUCGCUUGCAAGUUGUGCAGGACGAGGACGAGCUUGAAACCAACGAGCAGAAGACCUCCACGGCGAC